CGGAGAUUGCCGAAAAAAAAGCGUGUUGAGCGCGCAGGGAUCAACAAACCAACUUCAGUUCAUUCCUUUUCCGGUAUAGCGUUCUUUUCCUCCAGGCGUGUCUGACAACUCUCCCCACGCAAGCUGGGAUCACCUGGCUGGUCUUACGCGCGUCACCUACACGUCGGACAUGAAUUCUGCAGCUUUCUUCAGGAUACGCCUCGUUUUCACGGUCUUUUCCCUCGUCACUCUCGCCUACGCUGAUGUUCCAAGAGUUGACUUUGGUCGUAUGGGCACUGUCGCCGUCGCGGGUUCCUUCAUUGGAUUGGGCCUGUAUUCAUCUAAUUCUACGCAUACUUUUAAUCCUUCCGCCUCUACCUUGGUCUCUCGGGCCGCAAACGGCACCAUCAAUUCGAUCGCAUGGACGAAUGUAGGAGGUUCCAUCCUAGCUGGCUGCAUCCUCAACAAUGUUCUGUAUAUUGGAGGCAACUUCAGUUCGCUUUCUGGACAAGCCUAUGCGAACGUUGCCGCUUAUGACCUUUCGUCGCGUUCAUUUCGUGCCCUAGGGUCUGGACUUGAUGAUGCAGUUGAUGUUCUCUACUGCGACUCGAGUGCGUCCCAGGUGUGGGCUGGGGGCAGGUUUCGCCAUCCUGUGAACGUUGACGCUUUGUCUUAUGGCGGGAGCGUUGUGGUUUACGAUGUCAAGAGCUCCACCUGGCAACCACCCGCUUUUACAGGACUCACAGGCACCUCGCCGUCUGUACGCUCAAUCGUUCCAAGUUCUUCGGGUUCGAGUUUAUACUUUGGGGGUUCAUUUACCACCAACUAUGGUGUCAAUGUCACGGUUGCCAAUGGUACCAAUAAUCCAAAUGUCCCUUACUCGACUGGUGCAUCCCCAUUUUCCUCUUCCCUCGUGCCCCUCCCUCUUGCCCCUGCGGAUGUCGUUGCCAGCCCAUCUUCGUCGGAAGAUGGGUUCAGUAACAUCUCUAAUAUUGUAUGUCCUGCAGGGCCUGACGGCCCUGGCAACACGUGGUUCUCAGCCAAUAAUGCACGUACAUUGAUUACUAUCCGGACGAAUAAGUACACGACAGCUAGAGGUGUGCGUUUGGGCAACACUUUCUUACCGAACCAUGGGACUAGAACUUUCCAGGUCGUCACCAUUCCGGACAACAAUCCAUUGAAGCUCACCUACAUUGACCCAACAACUCGAGCCAACGUUUCAUGCACGGAUUCAUGCCCACUUAUGACAGACUCCUCUAUACCAUAUCAAGACUUCCUCUUCGAAAUGGCAGACACUCUCACUGGUGUUCAGAUCACCCUCUUAGAAUGGGAGGGAUCCAGUGCUGGGCUUCACCUUCUUCAGGUCCUCUCAGAUGGUGCAUUUGCUUCCGCCCUCAACACUGACAAUCGCGCAUCCUGCUAUUCACCUAGCGGGUCAUCUGUCGACUUGACUGGUACUUGGCAUGCAGAAAACGUAUUUACUACAAUUGCUGCUACCACCCAAACUGUCUUAGUUGCGAAGCCCAGCGUUGGCACACCUCCCUCUAACUCCCCCAGCGUCACCUGGCAUCCGUAUGUCUCUGCAUCCGGAUAUUAUGAUGUCUACCUAUACAUUCCAGGUUGUGAUGACAUGCAAGAUUGUGCAGCUCGUACAUCUGUCAAACUCACUACUAAUCCUGGAGGAGGCGCCCUGCCAGUCGAGAAGACCGUUUCUCAGAAUGUGCACGCGGAUACGAGGGUCCAAAUCUACAGUGGAUAUAUUGCUACAUUUCCCCCCUCAUACACUUCGUCUGUGAAGCUCACGCUGGCUGACCAGCCAACAGGCAAUGGGUUCCAUGGGAAUUACGAAAUUAUUGCGGACAGAGUGCAAUAUGUCUUGAUCUCUCUCGAUUCGACCGUUGGCGGCAACAACGGCACCGGGGGACUUACUACCAGUACAACAGGAUUCGGCUUCUUUGAGUGGACGAAACAAGGCAACGUCAAUGCAACUGGAGUCCUGCCCAACACUACCGAGACACAGCUUGAUCAGCUUUCCACGCAGCUUGCGACUGCCCUAGGUUCAACAACGAGAACUGCCGUGGUCAAUGCCUUGGUCGCAAAUUCGGACGGGCAGGUUUUCCUUGGUGGUUUGUUUGGGGUGACCAAUGGACCCACCAAUGUGGUCGAGUUCAAGGAUGCCGCCAUUAUCCCUUUGUCGAAUAAUGGCUUGAACGGGGUCGUUAAUGGUCUGGCCAUUGCGAAUAACAGCCUGUUCGUCGGAGGAGCUUUUACAGAUGUUGUCAGCGGGAGCGUGGAGGGCAUUCGUGGAAUCGCCAAAUACGAUUAUGGAAGCAGUUCCUGGGCACCUUUGGGUGGCGGAGUAAACGGUGUCGUUGUUACUUUGGUGGUCGCGAACGGACGCUUAGUACUCACCGGAAAUUUCACUGAGGUUUAUUCCUCUGUCGAUGGAUAUGGAUCCCCAGCCGAUGGGCUGGCUAUCUGGGACCUGAACGGAGGGGAAUGGGUAAAACAAAAUGGAGCUUUCAUUGGUUCAACUUCCUUGUUCGUGUCGGUCUCUGAUGGUUCUUCUUUCAUCGCUGGCAACAUCGCUGCCGCGAAUGAGUUCAGUGCGAGCGGAUGGACCCUCAUCCAGUCGGGCACAAACGGCCAGCCGUCGUUUACUUCCACUCCUUCCACCCUUGAUGAUGUUUUUCCUUCCGGAACGAACCCUUCGCCUUCUCACACUCCCGCUGCCCGUCGUUGGAACAAAGCACGGCUUGAUACAGGUUUAAUCUCCUGGUUAUUUCCGCGCCUGAAGGCUGCCGUGCUCCCUCGCCAAUCACCCCCAGCACCUGGUGGUUUACCUCCUUUACCCCCUGCGCCCGCGCCCGCGGUCCUUGCUGCAGCAUUCUGGACCAAUUCAUCUUCGAAGCAUCAAAAUGUCAUCCUUGGAGGAAAUUUCACAUUCGUUGAUAACUCCAGGACUCGAUACAGCGGCGUCAGCAUCUACGAUGUGAAGACCCAAUUUAUUCAUGGCCUCCAAGGUGAUGCAAUUAGUGGUGUCGUGUAUUCCCUUCUAGUCCAGGAUGAUACACUCUUCGUUGGCGGGAACUUGACCGUUGGAAACACGCCUGGCUUCGCUAUUUAUGAUCUCAAGAACAACCAGUGGAGCUCGUUGAGCCUGGUGCUGAAGGGAUCGCCUUUCGUCCGUUCAAUCACCCUCCGACCGACAGAUUCGAACACGGUCAUUGUUGCAGGAACGUUUACUGGCGCGGGGUCGACUACCUGUGAUGCCAUUUGCGCAUGGGAUGUUAUCCACCAACAGUGGAAUACUCUGGGCAGCGGUAUUCAUGGCCAAGUUGCUGCUGUUGAUUACUCUGAGGGGAUUCUCGUUGCGGGGGGAUACAUAACUCUCAGUGACGGUACAAGUGCGAACGUCGCCAAAUAUGACUUCUCAAGUUCCACCUGGGCAGCAAUCGGAUCCGGUCUUCCAGGACCCGUAACAGCCCUCCGUAUCAAUGAUAAAAAUCUCAACAGCAUAUUCGUUGCUGGGAAGUCUGCCGAUGAAACGUCCUUCCUUGCCUACUGGGAUGGUUCUUCAUGGAACAUUAUCGACGGGGGGCUAGUGCAAUCAACGACUGUCUCCCAACUAGAUCUAGUUCCGCUCAGAGACCAACAUAUUGCCAACAACGUACUUGCGCAAGACCGUGCACUCUUAAUAUCUGGAACCCUCAGCUCUAGCACCUUCGGUAAUGUGUCGUCUGCUCUGUUCGAUGGCAAGAGCUUCUAUCCCUACAUCACCUCGAUAUCGGGUUCCGGGGCCCAGGGCGUCAUUGCCGGCUUCUUCCACUCUCUUUCCACAUUUUCAUCUGCCAGCCGCCAUGUUCUAGGUGUUGGUGUCGUCAUUCUCAUCUCCAUCGCCAUUUCAGCCGGCAUCGUCUUCUUCCUUUUACUCGUUGGUAUUCUCCUGACACUCUUCUCUCGUGAGUCUACAGCCAUAGAUCCCAAGGAUUGGGAUCAGGAUGAGAAUGAGAGUCUUCGACCUUCGUCGCUCCUUGAGCAUGUUAAUGCAGCGACACGUAGUGCAAUCAUUGGGAACGCUGCCCUGGCAGAAACCACUUCUCCUGAGGAUGAUCGGCGACAAGCUCCGAGUCGAGGCUCGGAGGAGUAUGGGACAACAGAGCAGGAUCAUGAUGGAUGGAGACGGGCAGAAACUCCAGCAGUGCCUGCAGGCGCUGAUUACGAUCAAGAAGAGGAGGGCAGACUAGCUCAUGUACGGUACUCGUUUGAGGGGCAAGGUGAGGGCGAACUGCCGCUUGAGACAGGUACAGAGCUUUUGGUGCUAGAUGACCGUGAUGCUGCAUGGUGGUAUGUUCGUGAUGUUGCAACGGGGCGCGAGGGUGUUGUCCCUGCGGCUUAUCUAUAUUAAUGUGUAACUCUCGUUAUUUUCUUAUUUUCUUACUAUAUUCCCCCCCCUAUGUGAAGGCCAUUAGCUAUCUUGUUCAUUUCUACACCUGGCGGCACCCAAUCAAACUUUAUGGCAUUAAUCGUCAAGCCGGUGAAUUAUUAUGGUAUCUACGUUAAUCUUUAAACCGAGGGCGCAGGACGUCCAGAGGCGUCAACUGCAUGAGGCUGCUCAUUGAAGUAGAGGAUCCCUGUAGUACUUAUGGUUAUUCGCCUUGAUCCCAACACGCGUCCUGAAUUCCUCCCGUCUCCUCUGAUCUCUAAACUCCCUGAUAUGCUGCCCAGCUUGCCUCGC